UAUUAUUAUUAUGUUAUUUCGAUUAUAUAAAUUAAAAGAGUUUUUUUAUAAUCACAUCAAAAUCCCUUUUUCCAGGUGGAUCUCAGAUACAAAGCUUUAUCAAAUCCAAAAAUCAGGAUAAGUCUGGCCGGUAUCAUUGUCGCAAAAAGCAAAGAUGCAACACCUUACUUGGAGCGCAAUCGUCUUCCUAGUCCCAAUCGGGACGCAAUCGACGCUGCUGCUGCGCUGACGGACAUGGGCAAGUACUUGUAUCUCGAGGACCGACUGCCCGCUUACGACAUGGCCGUCGUCAUGACGAAAUUAGAUAUGUGCAGGAAACAAUUUGGAGGUGGACGAUGCAGCAGAGGAACUGCUGGUUUUGCGUACGUUGGUGGAGCAUGCGUAGUAAAUAAGAGACUGGAAAAAGUGAAUAGUGUUGCCAUCAUUGAAGAUAGUGGAGGAUUUAGUGGCAUAAUUGUAGCAGCUCAUGAAGUCGGUCAUCUCCUGGGAUGUGUUCAUGAUGGUUCUCCUCCUCCAAGCUACCUUGGAGGACCCGGAGCCAGCCGCUGCCCCUGGGAAGAUGGUUUCAUCAUGAGCGAUUUGAGGCACACAGACCGUGGAUUCCGAUGGUCGUCAUGUAGCGUUGAACAAUUUAAACACUUUCUGAACGGUGAAACAGCAUCCUGUCUCUUUAACUACCCGGAUGACAAUAAAUUGCUGGCUAGAGAAUUACCAGGAACGAUGCUUACGCUGGACGAACAGUGCGAAAGAGACAGAGGAACUCAAGCAUGUUUCAAAGACAGUCGAGUAUGUGCUCAGCUUUUCUGCUACGAUAAUGAUUCGGGAUAUUGCGUUUCGUUUCGACCAGCAGCUGAAGGAUCAUCUUGCGGAGAUGGACAGGUAUGCAAAAAUGGUAAAUGUGUGGUGGACAAUGAGAACAUCAUACCUGACUACACGCAUGUAACGAGAUCUAUCGCUAAUCGCAUUGACAAGGACAUUUCCAAAUCGACAACAAGUAGACCAUCUGUAUCUGUAGGAAACAAAAUUCGUGGUCGAACUUCCAGAAGGCCUUAUAGGCCAUCGUUUGUCAACAGGAACAAUGCACAUCCACCUCCUAGAGAAACAACUACAGCAGCUCCUAGCCAGUCCUCAGCCGGAAAAGAUUGCGAAGACGCUGUCGACAAACUGGCUGGAGGACUGACCUGUCAAGAUUUCUUAGAGAGAUAUGGUGACCGCUACUGCAGACACAACUACAUGAUCAGAAAUUGUUGCCGAUCCCAUGAAAUAGUGUGUGCCAACAGAUAAAUGCGCAUCCUCAUCUUUAUUCAAAUAAUGUAUGAACUCAUUCACAGUUCAGUGAACAAUCUGGCGCAACUGAGAAAACCGGAAAGAAUCAUAUGACAGUGAUCGCACAAAUCCUACAUCUAAAACAGUCACCUGCAUUUCAUAAGACACUCAUUUUCUCUUCACAUGAUGUGCAUAGGAUUUGCCAUCAAAUCCUUUAAUCUUCAUCCAUUCAAAAAACACCCGAUGAAGGGUUUGUCUUUUACCUUUAAACUUGUAAACAGUACGGUUGUUUCUAUUAAAGGUAGAAGUAAAAGACACAAGAACUUAAACUAUAACCUUGUAAGUUUUUGCAUUCCUAUAUUUUGAACGCAUGCACCUUAAGCAAAAUCUGAUACCUCCUCGAAAUAUUGCUUAACAGUUGAAAGUUAGAUUCACGAAAAAAAUGGAUCUCAUCAUUUUUAUAAAGUUUGGUGAGGGAAAGAAAGACAGUAUGUAUACAAGACACCCAUAAGUCUCAGCAUCAUAUGGUUCGUCGGUUGCCAAGACAAAGCAAGGAGUAAAUGUCUAAGGGAUGUAUAAAUGCCUACAAGAAAUUCAAAUAAAACUCGGUUUGAAUUCGGAUAAAAUUGAUACCUCUGAGUUUCAUAUAUAGACUGUCAGACAUCUUGAUUAGUUAAGGCAGAAAUGCUAUUUGUCUGCAUCAUCUUGAAAACAUAAAUUUUGGAACAGGUGGUAGGAAAUACAGGAAACCUUGGACCCAUUACCACGAGGUUAGUGUUAUGUGUUACGAGACGAUUUAUAUGUGGAACUCUUAAAUUUGCUGCAUUUUAUUCUGUAAGGAGGUAUUACUGUCCACUAACUAACUGUAGAAAGGGAUCCGUCUUUUGACUUCAGGUUUAUGGCUUCAUGUCUGCCCUUAAUAUCUGGACCUGUGAAACACUUAAAAGUUCACAGAGAGAAGACUAAUCUGCAGAUGGUUUGCGACACCUAACAGAAAGGAUCUCUGCUGCUUGUCAUCAGACUUAUCCUAAUAUCAUCUAACGUGGGUUACUUGAGGAGCAGCAACACCCAGAUUCACCAUGGUGUAAACUAACGAAGCACUCCUUAUGAUGCUUGGUCUAUGGGAUUCCCUGGAGGGCACACAUUUCAUUCAAUGAAACAUAAAUAAUUAAAAAACAUGAUUUAUGUGUAAAUAGUUUAAAUAUAUAUUUCAAUCAGAUAUUUAGAGAUAAAAAAUUUAAUAUGGCAAUAAUACUGUAGAGCCUCGAUUAUGUGAAAUCACCAGGAGAAUAGAAUUCUCACAAUCGGUUUGUUCGAUACAUUUUUUUUAAAAACGUAUUAUGUUAAACAAGUGAUAUUUUAUGGAAGCCAUUUAGCCUUGGGCAUUAUGCUAUUUAUUUAAAUUUAAUAAAAGCUUUUUUCAGAUAUUAAUAUCGAAAUUUAUUACAUAUUUUUAUAAAAUGAACAGAGAAAAAGUGUAAUACCUAAAGAAACGAUCAUAACUCUCAGCUUACGCAACUUGAUGUUUCACUCUUAUUCUUAACAGCCUUUUUUAUGUUAGCUGAUGUUCCUGAAAACAUACCUACAUUUUUUGAUGAUGAAAAUUUAUUAUACAUUUUCAUUCCUGAGAAUUUAUAUGUAUUUUCAAUUCCUGCUGCCUGGGAUUAUUUUUAAAUAAAAGAAUUUUUUAGGUUCAAUAAUCGUAAAAUUGAAUAAUCGUUUUUGUUAAAUUGUCUCUAAGAUAAAAGCACAGUUCUUUUUCCAUUUAGAUGUGACAAUAGAAGUAAUAUGCUCAUUAAAUAGGUUUGUCCAAAUACAAACACAGAUUGAAUUAAAAAAAUAAAUAAAAGAAACCAAAAGAAAAAUCUUCAACCAGAAACAGUUAGAACACUUACAACCAGAAAACUUAGAGAUAUAAAAACUAAAAUAUCCAUUUAUAAAUUUUAAGAAAUUUGCAUGAUAUAUGAUCAAACAAGUUUCGUCCAUUUCUAACUACCGAGGCUGUACAAUAUGUCACUUCCAAAAAUAUACGAUCACAGUCUGAUUGACUGACAUAAAGUAAUAUUGUAAAUCAGGACAAAAGAAGAACCUAUAAAAUCCAUCAUCCGACAACCUAAAAUUUUUAAAUUUUUGGAUGAUUACUUUAAGAAAACUAAAUAUUCAUAUAUUGCUAAGAGCAUAUUUUCAUCUUACAGACAAUUUUUUGUUAAAUUCUUAUAAACAAACAAUUGUAAAUAUAUUUACCUAAAAUAUUAUGAAGACUGGAAGCAGAGUAACCAUUUGUGCCUGUGUCCUUCUCCAUAUUGAGUUUUAUCUGUUUUCAAUUCAGCAAUUAUACAUGAACUUCUAUAAUUGCAACAAGAAAAAUGAAAUUAGUAUUUAAAGUAAGACUUCAUUGUGUCUGAAUUUUCAUUAAACUGCUUAUGUUAAAACUUGUAUAUUUAUUUUUUAAAAGAAACUGCAGUGUUUUAAAAUGCUUUCUGCAUUACACAAAAUCGCUUGUGUGAAGCAAGUAGAAUUACUCAAGUUAUAAGUUGUUGAAAUAAAUUCAGUUUUGUUCUCUA